CCUCAGGUGUAUAUAAGACACCUGCACCUCCUCUACAGGUGCGUCCACCGGACUAACACUCACACACUCACUCAGCACAGGCGAUGGCUCCGCUGCCCGAGACUCAUCCCGCCUCGCCGCCGCCGGAACUCGGCGCAGAGCUCGCGCGCAAAGAUGGGUCGAAUCCCGAGCCGUGGACGGACGAGUCGGACUCGGAGGACGAGGAGCUGGACCCCUGGGACCUGCCGGAGCUCCGGGACACCGGGGUGAAGUGGUCAGAUCUCGACACGAAGGGCAAGGUCCUGAGCGUCCUCAAGUCUAUCGUGAAGUUUGUUCUCCUGCUGGGUUUGCUCUACGUGUUCGUCUGCUCUCUGGACAUCUUGAGCUCCGCUUUCCAGCUCGUUGGAGGGAAGGCAGCUGGCGAUAUCUUCCAGGACAAUGCGGUUCUGUCGAACCCCGUGGCUGGGCUGGUGAUCGGGGUCCUGGUCACUGUUCUGGUUCAAAGCUCAAGCACCUCGUCCUCCAUUGUGGUCAGCAUGGUGUCAUCUGGAUUGUUGGAGGUGAAGUCAGCGGUGCCGAUCAUCAUGGGUGCCAAUAUCGGCACUUCAGUGACCAACACCAUCGUGGCCGUCAUGCAGGCGGGGGACCGCAAUGAGUUUCGCAGGGCCUUUGCCGGAGCUACGGUCCAUGACUUCUUUAACUGGCUGUCUGUCCUGGUGCUGUUGCCUCUGGAGGUGGCUUCAGGAUACCUCUACAGACUCACCAAACUUAUAAUCGACUCCUUCAACAUCCAGACGGGGGCCGACGCUCCAGACCUGUUGAAGGUCAUCACCGAACCCCUCACCAAGAACAUCAUUGAGCUGGACACGUCUGUGAUCCGUGACAUCGCCACCGGAGACCCUGCUGCCCGAAACAAAAGUCUGAUUAAGAUCUGGUGCAAAACAGAAAAGAUCACGAGCCUCGUGAACAUAUCGGUCUCUGGAUUUGAAAACUGCACACUUGGCGCCCUCUGCUGGGAGGAGGAUGGCCAGGUCUGGACUCAAGAGAACCAAACGGAAACCAACAACUUGGGCAAAUGCACUCACAUGUUCGUGUACGCUAACCUGCCGGACCUGGCGGUGGGCUUGAUUCUGUUGGCUCUGUCGCUGCUGGCCCUCUGCACCUGCCUGAUUCUGAUCGUCAAGCUGCUGAACUCCAUGCUGAAGGGUCAGGUGGCGGUCGUCAUCAAGAAGGUGCUCAACACAGAUUUCCCCUUCCCCUUCUCCUGGGUCACUGGAUACCUCGCCAUUCUUGUCGGAGCCGGGAUGACCUUCAUCGUUCAGAGCAGCUCUGUCUUCACCUCCGCCAUCACUCCGCUCGUCGGUAUUGGUGUCAUUAGCAUCGAGAGGGCAUAUCCUCUCACACUGGGCUCCAACAUCGGCACAACAACAACGGCUAUUUUAGCCGCCCUCGCCAGUCCUGGAGAGACGCUGGCCAACUCUCUACAGAUCUCUCUCUGUCACUUCUUCUUCAACAUCAGCGGUAUACUGCUCUGGUAUCCCAUCCCUUUCACACGCAUCCCCAUCCGAUUGGCCAAAGCUCUGGGGGACCGCACGGCCAAGUACCGCUGGUUCGCGGCGCUGUACCUCAUCCUGAUCUUCCUCCUCUUCCCGCUGACCGUCCUGGGCCUGUCCAUCGCGGGCUGGCAGGUCUUGGUGGGGGUCGGAGUGCCGGUUUUGGUCUUGGCGAUCUUCGCGAUCGUGGUAAACGUUAUGCAGAAACGCUGGCCGCGUUUCCUGCCGCCAUUCCUCCGCAGCUGGGACUUCCUGCCCAAACCUCUGCACUCCCUCAAGCCCUGGGACAAGGUGGUGACCGCCAGCAUGACCUUCUGCAGGACUCGCUGCUGCUGCUGCUGCAAGUGCUGCAAAGAAAGAGAGCAGGACGAGGAGAAGGAUGACGCGAAAACCAAGGAAAAGCAUCUAGAGAUGUACGACAACCCAGCUCUCACUAUAGAAGAUGAGGCCAAAGUAACAGCGACACAUUUAUGAUCUUAUUUAUAAUCGUAUGUGCGUUUUUCUGGUAAUGGAGGCGGGCUUUCGUAGAAGUCUGUGUUUGUAUAAUUGGCGAGUUUUUCCGAAAAAAAACCUCACCAGUUGAAAUUGGUGGCCAAUGAAGAAUGCACACUCUUGGCAGUAAUUUUGCACAUUAUGCGGAACUAUGUAAAAAUGCAUUUGUAUAGGUUUUUAAAUAUUCGUUAAGUUUUUGUAAAUUUCAUGAAGAUUUAAUAUUGUUAAUAUUGAAGUAAAUAUUUCUCUACUCUGGUGUAAGAUAUUGUCUUAAAUAUUUAAAGGUGAUGUAAGGACUUGGAUCUGAUUUUGUAUCUUAUAAAAAUAUUGCGCUGUUUCAAAUCUUCGAGACCUACUAAACUUUUCAUUAUGACUUCUC